UUAGCAAAGAAAGUCAAAGCAACCCUGAAUACUUCAAAUACGAAGUAGUAGAAAAAACGGAGAUUCUGUUGUGAAAAUUCAAUAAAGUAUGAAGAAAGAUUAAAAAUACUAUUUGUUUUAAGUGUAUAGAAAAUUUUAUAAAACUAAAGAAUUCUUGAAGUGGUGAGCAUUUGUAUGUUAAAAACAAUGUCGAAGGAAAAGGUCGAAAGUCAUGAAAACAAACAUGCCGAACACAGAGCAGGUGGCAGUGGUAAAGGCGAACUAGGUGUGUGUCCUGAAUCUGAUUCUAAGGCUAGUUCGGAUGCUUCUAAAAGCAGUGUUGAUCGUGGAGGUGGAUGUAUUGAACCAACACAAAGUGCUUGUAGUGAAUCUCCCCCUUUCUUGUCACCCGCAGUAUCGUUAACACCAACUCCUACUGCAUCUCCUACUAUAGAGAGAGAAGUAUUGGGCGCUUGCUCAUCAAAUAUAUGUGAGAAUGAAGAGUACCCAUUACACAAAAGCGUUUUUCAAGGUGAUUUUAAAAGUUUGGCAAGAUUUCUUCAACGACCUCCAAAUAGCUGGCGAACUCCAGAAGAAAUCGGCAGUAAAGAUAAGCAUGGAAACACACCCUUACAUCUUGCAGUUAUGCUUGGAAGGAAAGAGUGUAUCAAUUUGCUGUUAUCCCAUGACGCUCCUGUAAAAAUAAAAAACAAUGAAGGAUGGUCGCCUCUAGCUGAAGCAAUUAGCUAUGGGGACCGACAAACUAUUUCCGCUGUGCUGUGUAAACUUAAACAGCAAUCCCGUCAGCAUAUGGAAACUCGUCGCGCGAAAUUAGUUCGAGCUCUUGAACAGAUGAAAGAUUUUUACAUGGAACUCAAAUGGGAUUUUGCUUCGUGGGUUCCACUUGUAUCCCGCAUGUUGCCGUCCGAUAUCUGUCGCAUUCACAAGUCAGGUGCCACUUUACGGCUUGACACUACAUUAGUAGAUUUCAAUGAUAUGCGUUGGGAGAGAGGGGACAUUUCUUUUAUUUUUCGUGGUGAUCGACCGCCUCAUGAAUCAUUAACUGUUUUAGAUAACGAAUAUGAGUGUUAUCAGCACGUUCGAUAUGAGGACACAGAUAUCGAAGACGAAGUAGAUGUAUUAAUGUCUACGGACAUUUUAGCUGCUCAAAUGUCAACGAAAAGCAUACAAUUUUCACGAGCUCAAAGCGGUUGGAUCUUCCGCGAAGACCGAAAAGAAUUAGUCAGUGGGCAAUAUCAAUGCGAUUUAUAUUCAAUACAGGGUCUUGUUCUAAAACAACGUAAGAGGCGAGAGCAUCUCUCACAUGAAGAUCUUCAAAAAAAUAAAGCUAUUGUUGAUACAAUAACACGAGGAGGUCGUCGUGCUAGCUUAACAAGUGCGAACGGGGAAGGUGGAUUAAAUGGAGAAUCCAGAAAUGGAUCUACAACUGAAAUGCCGCGAAGAAGUUCAUUGCAACCUCCCCCUCCGCCAACCAUAACAUGGGAAGAGUAUAUUAACACACCAAUAGGUAAAUGCCCCCAUUUGGGACGAGCACCAGUGCAUAAGCAAUCAAACAAGUCAUUAAGAGCCACAGUAGCUAUGAGUAAAGAUUUCCCGCUUAGCGUCGAAAUGCUAUUAAAUGUAUUAGAAGUGAUUGCUCCCUUUAAACACAUUAAUAAAUUGCGUGAGUUUAUUACUCUUAAAUUACCAAGUGGGUUUCCCGUCAAAGUAGAGAUUCCAGUUUUGCAUACUGUGACAGCGAAGAUCACUUUUCAAAAGUUUGAAUUUCGUGACAAUAUACCGGAAACACUAUUCGAUGUACCGUCACAUUACGUGGAGGAUGCACGUCGUUUCCCCGAUUUAUGACCGGCAACAACCCAGCAGCAACAAACGACGGAAAACGUCGAUUUAAACCGCAAUGCUACCAGCGAUAGUUCAAAGCCUACACUUACGAACAGAAGAAGUAAGACACAUGACCCUUUCGGUGAAAUAGACUAGUGGACAUUGGAGACAAAUAUAACACUGUGAUCAUCGCAUUGAUGCAUGAUAAUUAACAGAUCAUUCAAACAUUCUGAUGUUAGUCUCAUUAUUAUUUCAUUAUAAUAGUUUUCUAUAAAAGUUGUAUUAAAGACAAAUAUUAUUCGUUGCAUUUACGUUAUUUAAUUGUAUUGUAUAAUAUAUUACGCUCUUCAUGCAAGAACUAUGAUGCAAUUAUGUAUUUCUGACUACCAACCUAUAUUUACUGAAUAAGUGUGUAUGUCAUAGGCUCAAACAUUCUAACUGACAUUGUAAUUAUUGCUUGAAUUUGGUUAUUUACGGAUGUAAUUUCACACGAAUAACUUGCUACUAAUUUUCAGUACAACAAAUACAAAGUAUGCCGAAAUGUUUGUAUGUAUGUAUAUGGUUUUAUGACUUUGGUACAACAUUAGCCAUUUCCAACGCGUAAUCGCAUUGUGCAUGUAAAUCCUUUUGUAUAGUAUGUAAGUAAUAUUAAAUGCUUGCGCUUAAACCAGUAUGUUGAAAUGUUUAUGAAAUUAUUAUAAGAGUUUGUCAACUAUAGAUUUCGUUUUUAUGUUAUGAACAAUUUUAUUUUAUACAUGUAUGCUUGUUUGAUUGAGUUCAAAAGUGCUAUUAUAUAUUAUUGUUAUCAAGAGUUAUUGAUAGAAUUAAAGAUAACUGCAUGCAGUUAGUUCCUUCUAGACAUAUAUGUAUGUAUGUAUGUAUGAUUUUUUGUGUCUAAACUAUGUGGAAAAUGUUAUUACACUGCUAAUCGUUGACAUAUCUUCCCACCUAUUGAAUGAGCAUUCAUCACUUCUAUAAAUUAUAAAUUGUAACACAAUAAAAUUGCCAAGACCUCAUGAUAUAUUAAGUAUAUCUUUCGAAUAUGUAAAUGUUCAAGUUUUCUUUAUGUUAGUUCAUUUUAGCAAAGUAUAUGUUUUUAAAUAA